AUGACUGAUACUUCAGUAGCCACUGAUAGUGUCAGUGACCCGAAAGUUAAUGUAGAAACAAAUAGCCCUCCAACUGGCUCUAAGUCAGGUGAAGAAAAUCCCGGUGCAGUGACUGAUACUGGCACUGAUGAUACCAGUAACUCGAAUGAUAUUCUCGAAACAAAUAGCUCUCCAAUUAGCUCUAAGUCGGAUGAAGAGAAUUCAACUAGCAAGACUAAUACUGGCACUAAUGAUUCUAAUGCCUUGAAAGAAAAUACCGGAAGUCAAGGCCCUCCAAGUACCUCUAAUUUGGGUGAAGAUACUGUUACUAAAGAAGCAGAAAAGUUAAAAAAGAAAGAAGAACAGGAAAAGAAGAAAAAGAAGGAGGAAACUAGUAAGAGAGAAACGAAUAAGAGAGAAAAAUCACGAGAUAGAGAAAGAUCGAGAGACAGGAAUGCAAGAAGAGAUAGAAAAAGGUCGAGAAGCAAAAGCUCUAAAUCAAAACAAGAACAGGACCAAGCACGAUGUAAGAAAAUUUUACAAUUAUGUAUGCAGAAUAGAUUGGUUGUCAUUAUAUUAAUAUAUUUCCGGUUAUUUGCAAAAACGUGACUUUUCAAAUAAAAUUUAAA